AUUGUAAAAGUUUGGUAGUAGCUCUAGCUCCUCGUGGCAUGGACAGGGACCCACCUGUCAGUGUCGCGGCAAGAUGUGCUUUCCUUGCAGGAGGCGGCGCCCAGGCCCAGCUCAGAAAAGGAGAGGCUGCAAAGUGGGCCUCUAUCUCACCACUACAAUUUCAUUCCUUCCUUGAGGCCUCUUCCUCCAGCAGCUUUUGAUCGAAGUACCACAACCCAGCACUCAAACCGUAUGCAUAUCAAGAAGGGACUACUCUAUACGAGUGGUAGAUGAAAAGCAAGCAAAUGUUAGGAGUCACCAGUCAAAUCAUCACACAAGGCGGAACAAUUUUUUCGGAAUAAAAUUUUUUUAUUGCCAGAACAAUUAGAAAAUUAUUCCGCAACAAAAAAUUUUUGUUCUGAGACAAAUCUAACCGAAUUUACACAUGUGAGCCGGUUUAGGCUCAAAACACUAAAUCUGGAGGGAGAGGGCGCUCUAUGUGACAAGUCUGACCCGUGACCCCGAGCAGCGCCCGAUGAAAAACCACCGAUAGACAUACUAACUAAUUGUGCCCCUUGCCCACUCUCCUCAACUGGGCAACAUACUCGGAGAAAAUUACACAAGUGCCAAGUGUGAAGUACAGAAAAAACCCAUUGUCCAGCAUGAUUUGUUCCUCACUGAACAGCAACGGCUAGGACUAGGACACAAUGCUAAGGGACCCAAAUGCCAGGCUUGUGCGGAUCCAUUCCAAGCUUACGGUUGUUGUCUCUGGACGGCCCGGCCCGGCCCACCCAUUCAACUGCAGCCGGCUCGGCCCAGCAAAGGCAAACAUCCCCUGGGCCCUGGCCAUCUCCCUCCGCUCCGGCGACGACGAUGACCAUCCUUCCAAAAUCCAAAUCCCCACCAAACAAAGCAAAGCAAAGCAAAGCAAAAUGGCGGACGAGUACGAUGCCCUCUCCCUCUUCGCCUCUCGCCUCCUCUCCCACCCCUCCACCACCUUCGGGGACGGGGACGGGGACCACCUCCUCCGCCUGCUCCAGGCCGCGCUCUCCGCUGGCCCCGACGUCCCCGCUCUGCUACAAACGCGCUCCGCCGCCCGCCGCCUGCUUCAGGACCGCGCCAAGGAGGCAUUCGCCUUCGCCGCCGCGCAGGCUCCUCCCCUCCACCAUGCCAGGAUCCUUAACUCAACUCCCAACACUGCUAAUCCUUAACUCUAUUAUCAUGCAUCUGCACUACAGAGCUGCCUUGCCAUGAGAUAUGAGGCUCUGCUUCUGCGAGACGCUAAAUUCUCUGACAGCCACCAUCUCAAAGUGUCACGCGAGGAGUGGUUAACUUUCGCAAAGGAUGCUCUUCACAACGGCUUCUACACCAUUGCUUCCAAGGCAUUUGCACAUGCUACUGCACACACUCAUCGCAGCCACCCAAGGCAGUUUGACUCCACUGAUUCCAUUGACAAGGACAUGAUCAAUGAUAUAACUGGACUUCAAACCCUGGCCGAGUCAUUAUCUGCAAAGCAUUCUGUUCAGAUCAGACAGAGUCAGCUGAAUACAUGA